AUGGAAACCACUGUCAAUCAUACAACAACAGUUGAACUUACGCAAGAACUAAUUCAAGAACCACCAUCAAAUUUUAUUGAUUAUUUAAAAGAUAAAACAGGUCAUAUUGAUCAUUAUUGUACAUGUGAAUCGGAACCAAAAUCUGUUCUUACUGUUAAUCAUUUAUCAUUUUUACGUUCAACUAUGCCUGAAAUUCAAAAUCUAUUAACAAUUGCAAGACAUGGUGAAUUAAGAAAAAGUGAUCUCCUGUAUUUGAAUGGUAAACUAUCCGGGAUGGCCAUUAGAAAUUAUAAAACAUUAUUAAAAAAUGUGCAUAAUCGACAAGAUUUUAAUAAUGAUAUUAUUAGUAAAAUCGAAGAUAUUUUAAUAAAUACAAAUGAUACAAUGAUUAAAAAACAUCUUCUCGAUAUUUUAGUUAAUCGGGUUGAAAAAGGCAUUCGUAAAAUGCCAUCAUUAACAAAUCUUGAAGAUAAUGUACUAGAACCAAACACAUGUUUAGCAACACGUUAUUUAUUCUUACGUGCUUCAACAAAUCAACGACUAUCAUCUAAACCAUUACUGAAUCUCACCAUUGUUAGUGUAAAUAAAAGUGGCCUUUAUAAGUCCAGUGAGAGACAAAAUUGUAUUUUAGCAUUGUAUUCCAGUUUAAAAAUUCAAAAUAUAGCUGUUUCCUGGAAUAUGCUUAACAAACUCGAAGCUACAUUAUUGGAUCAAAAUACGGAAUCAAACAAGCCAUUUUAUAAACUACAGUCUAAAUUAAUAAUUGAUAGGUUCAAAUUUAUUAAAGAAUUAAGAACAACAUUAAAUGGAGUAGUAUGUAGUACAUCAAGUUUUGUUAAAAAUAUUUCAAAUAUUAAAUUAAAUCAAGACGAUUAUUUAGCAAGUCUUGACACUCAAGUUUUAUAUACAAACAUAACAAUUAAUAAGGCAAUUGACAUCACAUUAAAACGUCUUGAUGAAUACAAGAAAUUAGUCACUUUACCAUUUACCAAAACUGAUAUUAAAGAUUUAUUGAAUUUUGCUUUAAAAAACAAUGACUUUAGAAAACAAUAUGGUGUUGUUGAUAAUCGUCCAUAUAAAUGUCUGCCAAUAUUGGUGAUAAUAUAUUACCCACAGCAAGAUAAUCGUAUGAAACAACAUUCAAAAACAAUAAAUGAUACUGAAAAUGAUAGUAAUUCAGAUAUGAUUAAGCAUUUUCAAGAAAAGAAAUUUCAAUGUUUAUUUGAUACAAAUGAUGCAUUUGUUAUUAAUGAAGAAAAAGACUAUUGGAAAAGACGCACAAAAGAAGCAAUUUAUUUAAUAAUAAGUGAAUCAAUCAAUAUACAUGAUGAAAUGAAUCCAGCAUGGACAUCAAUCUUACAUAAAACCAAAGAACAAAUUCAAAGAAAAAUUGAACUAAUGAGGGAAUCUCUCGAGACAGCUUUUAGUGAAAAUUCACCAUUGAAAACCUAA